UCCAACCAACUAACAUGAUUAAAAAUAUUUUCUUUUGUCCGUAUAGAGUUAUCGAACUUGAACAAAGAAAAUAGACAUAGCCACAAAAUAUAUAUAUCGUAAUGGGAGCUGAUAGCAUUUUAAAACAUCCAUACUUUCCUAGAGACUUAUCUAUUCCACAUUACAAACCGAACAAGGUCAGUAUCCAGGAAUUACUGGGUAUAUUUUUCUCUUUAGUUUUGAUCGUGUUUAUCAUAACAUGGAUUUAUUCAACAAAGAAGAAAUUUAGUGUUGGAUACAGACUGUUGCUAUGCUGGUUCACAAUAUGUGGAUUCAUCCACACAAUUCUGGAGGGAUAUUUUGCUUUUAACAAUUCAACUUUAGCAGGCGGAUCCUCGUAUUUAGCAGAAAUGUGUAAGGUCUGUGGCAAAGGUGAUAGUCGUUAUAUAACUUCUGACACGUUCACUGUAUGCAUGGAAGGCAUAACCGCAGUUAUUGAUGGUCCUUUGUGUUUCCUGACCGUUGCAGCGUAUUUAACCAACAGUCCGUACCGAUACGUGUUACAACUGAUUGUUUCCCUUUGCCAGCUAUACGGAGACACCUUGUAUUUAUUAACAGAAGUCAAAGAUAAUUUCAUCCACAGUGAAUUGUACCAUCCGCUACAUUUUUGGUUUUAUUUUCUAUUUUUGAAUUCUUUUUGGAUAAUAGUACCACUAAUUAUGAUUUGUCACGCCGUUUCGAAGAUAAUAACCUCACAAUGUACAUCCGAUUCUAGACAUAAUAAUAGGAAUCAGAAGAAAAGUAGAUAGUUUUUAGUUUUGUUCCCAUUGUAAACCCAAGGAGAUUUGUAUUAAUGAACAGUAUAUAACUUCUCUUUUCUUAUCUUUCUUCAAGAUUAAGCUUUAGAGUCUGCAUCUUAUUUGUUUUUUUCAUAAACAUAAAGCAUAAUAAAUGUGAACAAACUUUA